AUGUUAUACGGAGAAUUUUGUAUAUUAACGAUUAUGAUGGCGUCUUGGUCGACAAAUUUUAUUCAUCAAACCAUUAAUGCAUUUGUAUUUCAUAUGUUUAUUUUCCUUGCUUUAUUUUCUCACUUAAAAACAAUGCUUACUGAUCCGGGUGCUAUUCCUAAAGGCAACGCAACAGAUGAAUAUAUUCAUCGAUUACAGAGUGCUCAAAAUUCAAUUAUAUACAAAUGUGCUAAAUGCAGUAGUAUUAAACCGGAACGCGCACAUCACUGUAGUAUAUGUGGUCGGUGUGUUCGGCGUAUGGAUCAUCACUGUCCAUGGGUUAAUAAUUGUGUUGGUGAAGCGAAUCAAAAAUAUUUUAUUCUUUUUACUAUGUAUAUUGCAUUAUUAUCACUGCAUACUCUAUACUGGUCGAUUUGCCAGUUUUUGUUUUGCGUUGGAGAAGAAUGGCAAGGUUGUUCGAUGUUUGGACCACCAGUAACGUCCGUCCUAUUAAUUUUUUUGCUUUUUGAAGCAACCUUAUUCGCGAUUUUCACUUUGGUAAUGUUUUCUACACAGCUAAGUUCCAUUUGCAAUGAUCAAACAGCAAUUGAGUCGUUUCGAAGUUUAAUGCCCGGACCUAAUGGUUGGAAAAACAUUCAAAUGUUAUUUGGUGGUCCGUUCUCAAUUAAGUGGUUUAGUCCUUUUAUUGCACCUUAUCGAAGCAAGCCAUCUUUUGAAUAUUCCGUUUAA